GGCCCCGCCCCGGGCCCGCCGGCGCCGCUGCGCGGCGCUGCUCGCCGCGGCCGUGGCCGCCGCGUGCGUGGCGGCCGGGAGAGCCUGGUGCGGCGCCGCCCCCGCCGGCCGGGGCGCGGAGCGGAGGCCGCGGGUGCCCUUGCACGCGCAGGAGCCCGGCAGAGGCGCGGACAAGGACGGACACGCCGCAGGGCGUCAAGAUGACCCUCGAGGAGGAGUUCAAACGCGGCCAGUCCCUCGAGAGCGAGUUCGCCCAGGUGCUCGAGGCGCGCAGGCUGGGCAGAGACAUCCCCCGCCCCGGCGCCAUCGAGGCGAAGAGUGACCUGGAGGUGUCUCUCAAGCGCACGUGGAGGCAAGCGGCAAGCUCGUUCUCCAGGAUCGAUUUCACCGAUGGCCCCACGCUGUUCUGGAGCACGCUCAUCGGCUUGAUCGUCAUGUCCUGGUGCCUGACCCUCUUCCGCUACUGAGGGCGUGGUCGCAGGCUGGGGCCGAGGGGAGGUCCAAACUGGGGCGGGGCCUUUUCCUUUGCCGGUGCAUCCUUGUUCAUAGUCGCGCUUGCACGCUCUCUGCACGCACCCCGUUGCCAUCCCCUCUUUCUCUCUCUCUCUCUC